CAGAGGCAGCUCUCGCCUGUCAGCGAGCCCACUGGCUGGCCGGGCUAGUGCUUUCAUUUUCUUCCUGAGUCACCGUGGAUGGCACCCCAGACCCUCCUGGAGUCCCCGCCCUCCAACCAGAGCCGGCUGGCGCCUCCCAAUGCCACAUCCUGCAGCGAAGCUUGGGAAGCCUGGGACCUGCUGCAGGGCACGUUGCCGAUGCUCGUCGUCGCCAUCUGCCUCUGCGGCCUGCUGGGAAACCUCUUAGUGCUGUCGGUCUUCCUCCUGCCCCGGCGGCGUCUGAACGCAGCUGAAAUCUACCUGGCCAACCUGGCGGCGGCGGACCUGGUCUUUGUCUUGGGCUUGCCCUUCUGGGCCCAGAACAUCUGGAACCAAUUCAACUGGCCCUUCGGGGCCGUGCUCUGCCGCGUCGUCAAUGGCGUGAUCAAGGCCAAUCUGUUCAUCAGCAUCUUCCUGGUGGUGGCCAUCAGCCAGGACCGCUACCGCGUGCUGGUGCACCCCAUGGCCAGCCGGAGGCGGCGGCGGCGGCGGCUGGCCCGGGUCACCUGCGGGCUCAUCUGGGUCUUGGGGGGUCUCCUGAGUGUCCCCACGUUCCUGCUCCGCUCCGUUGAAGUCGUCCCGGAACUGAACGUCUCGGCCUGCGUGCUGCUGCUCCCCCACCAGGCCUGGCACUUCGUGAGGAUGGUGGAGCUGAACGUGCUGGGCUUCCUCCUGCCGCUGGCCGCCAUCGUCUUCUUCAACUACCACAUCCUGGCCUCCCUGCGAGGGCGGGCAGAGGUCAGGAGAACGAGUGGCGGGGGUCCCACGGAAGGCAAGACCACGGCCCUCAUCCUCACGCUCGUGGCCGCCUUCCUGGUCUGCUGGGCCCCCUACCACUUCUUCGCCUUCCUGGAGUUUCUGUUCCAGAUGCGGGCCGUCCAGGGCUGCUUUUGGGACCAUCUCACCGACCUGGGCCUGCAGUGGUCCAACUUCCUCGCUUUCAUCAACAGCUGCCUGAACCCGGUGAUCUACGUCUUUGUGGGUCAGCUUUUCAGGACCAAGGUGUGGGAACUUUAUAAACAAUGCAGCACAAGGCGUCUUUCAGCCACGUCCUCGUCCCGCAGGAGAGAAAUCUUCCAGUGUUUCUGGCGGAAUUAAAACAGCCACGGCGAGCCAAGAGGCUUGGCUUCCUGAUCCACUAUUUCUGACGUCAUAAAUACUACUGUAGUGGGUGGACUCUGGCCCCCGAGAUUGCCAGGACCCGCAGGCCCUGGAAGCUGUGAAUGUUUUAAUGGUAGCAGCGACUUUGCAGAUGCAACUAAACUAAGGCUGUCAGAUGGGGAGAUGGUCCUGGAUUAUUGGGGUGGCCUGAUGUCAUCGCAAAGGCCCUUAUAAAAGGGAAGCAGAUCUGUCCGUCAGAGAAGGCGAUGUCACAAGGGAGGCGAGGGGUUGGGGUAAUGCAGAAAGGGGCCACGAGCCAGGGACCCCCUCUGGAGGCAGGAAAGGACAAGGGAACGGCUGCUCCCUGGGGCCCCCAGGAGGAACCGGCCCUGCUGA